CAAAAAUUGUCUUUCAGGUGGAAACUCCCUUCAUAAAAUCUGCCACCAUCGGACCUGUUCCCCUGCCACCAAAAGAUCACGUCGUUAAGCCCAAUGAUAUAGCUGUUGUGUCGGGAUGGGGCAACCUCUGGCAAGGAGGACCAAGCACUACCAAGCUGCAACGAGUCAACAUCCUCAUCGCCGAUCAAGCUUACUGCAACAAUACUUAUAAUGAAGAUUGGGGAUUUGCCGUCUAUCCCACGCAAGUUUGCGCACAUGAUCCGUCGACCGAAAAAGGAUCUUGUCAAGGUGAUUCUGGUGGCCCACUGACUGUCGGUGGAAAACUCGUUGGAUUGGUAUCCUGGGCGGCUGGUUGCGCCAGCACCGUUUAUCCCACCGUAUUCACGCGUGUCGUCUCUUAUCUGGAUUGGAUUGAGGAAAACACGAUCUAAACCAAUACAAAUCUUGCUUCCAACUA